AUGUACACCUCAGAGCAGCACAACAGGGAUCUAAUUGAUGGCAGCAGGAUGGCUUCUUCUGCUGCAGCAGCAGCAGCAAGAGCAGCAACAGCAGCAUUCCUUAAUCGUGCAGAUGAACUCACGGCACGUGGUAUAUGUCCACCACCAGCUCCUGCUGCAGUGCCACAGCAGCAGCAGCAGCAGCAGCAACAGCAGCAGCAGCAGCAGCAGCAGGAGAGGAAGUGGAGGACAGCUGUACCUUCAAGCCGUGCUGCUCAUUUCUUAGAUUGGCGUGUAACAGACACAGCAGCAAUUGUCCCUUGUCGUCUGCUGCUGGCUGUUGUUAGACAAGAAAGCAGCAGCAGCAGCAGCAGCAGCAGCAGCAGCAGCAACAGGCGCAACGUAGCAGAUGCGCUGCAGGCAGACCUGCUGCAGUUGCUGCUGCCGCUGCUGCCUGUGAUGCCGCACCUCACGGCCUUUAGAGGUGAUAUUAAAGUAGAGCCAGACGCCUCAGCAGCAGCAGCAGCAGCAGCAGCAGCAGCAGCAGCAACAGCAGCAGCAACAACAACAGUAAGUGCAGCAGGAGCGGCAGCAGCUACAGCAGGAUGUGCAGCACCAAGUGCACCAGCUGCAGCGGCAACAGCAGCAGCAGCAGAAGCAGGAGCUGCACAGAGUUCAACAAGUCGAUAUAGGGUUGCUGUUAAGGUUGAACCGCAACAGCAGAAGCAAAUGCAGCAGCAGCAGCAGCAAAUGCAGCAGGAGCAGCAGCAAAUGCAGCAGCAGCAGCAGCAAAUGCAGCAGCAGCAGCAGCAAUUGCAGCAAGAAACAAAGACGGAACCGCAGCAGCAGCAGCAACAGCAGCAGCAGCAGCAACAGGUUCCCGUACGGGUAAAGUCGGAAUCACCUGAGGUGUACGUACAGCCUAGAAGGGAGAUUCGCUCUCCUGCUGCUGAUGAGAACACUGACAGCAGCAAUAGCAGCAGCAGCAGCAGCAGCAGCAGCGGCAAUGCUGCUGCUGUUAACGGCUCCAACUGCAUGCGGGGUCAGAAGGUUGAACCAGACAGUGGAGGAAGCAGCAGCAGCAGCAACAGCAGCAGCGGCAGCAGCACUGGCAGCAGCAGCACCUCAGCCACGACACAGGGUUCGACACCUGAGCCAUCUCAUACACUCCAGCAGCAGCAGCAGCAACAGCAGCAGCAGCAGCAGCAGCAGAAACAGUUUUAUACUUGUGUGAAGGAGGAACCCGAGCUGAAAGUUUCAGCUGGUACCCAGCAGCAGCAGCAGCAAAAGCAGCAGCAGCAGCAGCAGCAGCAGCGGCGUGGAUUGCUGCUCAUUGGCCUUAGUGAUGACGAGGAAGAAGACACGCCAGCUUUUCUUAAGAAACUUCAAAAGCCGCCGCAGCAGCAGCAGCAGCAACAGCAGCAGCAGCAGCAACGGCAACCCAAGAAGGAGCAGCAGCACGCGUCAGCUACUGUUCAUCAUGGAAGCUCAAAGCUCAAGAAAGAGCAGCACGAGCAGCAGCAGAAGCAGCAGGAGCAACAGCAGCCGCAGCAGCAGCAGCAAGCUCUGCUGUCUGACCUUGAUGCACAGAUUAAAGAGAAAGAAGCAAAGCUGCGAGCACUGCAGCAGGAGUUGGAGAAGCAAGAGGAGCUGCUGCUGCUGCAGCAGCAGCAGAAGAAGCAGAAGCAGCAGAAGCAGAAGGUGCAGCAGAAGGGGGAAGGGGCACUUAAGAGACAGAGACUCCCCACCUCCAGCAGCAACGGCAGCAGCAACAGCAGCAGCAGCAGCGAAGGAGACAGCAGCAGGAAGCGGAGGUCAGCAUACACACGAAAACGAUCCAAGGGGAUCCAUAGAGGGGAGCACCAGCAGCAGCUGUCUCGCCGUCGCCGCUGCAGCAGCAGCAGCAGGAGCAGCAGCAGGUGCAGCAGCAACGAGGAGAGCAGCAGCGACAGCAGCGACGGUCCUGCCUUGUACAGUAGCAGCAAAGGUGGCGUAGGCAGGAGAUACCAGCAACUGCAGCAGCAGCAGCAGCAGCAGCAGGAAGAGGUAGCAGCAAUUACCUUCCUAGGCUGCGGUGUAUCUGCAGCAGAGACAGCAAGAAUUGAAUCCAAGAUAAGAGAACUACAAGAGUAA